CUCCUCCUUUCCCUUUACUCUUUGUUUCACACAGUCUGCUUCUUUCUCUCUCUUCAAUGGCUUCUCUCUUCAGUAGAGAAAGAAUACUCGGCCAAUCCAAGAGAGACUCAAACGGCCCAGUCAUGAACGGAACAAACAGCUUACGCUACUCCUCCUCAGCCGCCGCCACCACCACCACCACCACUUUAGAUCCACUCCCAUCGCCAUUCGGUGACCUCACGCCAACUUUAUCCCCCACUGACCUCCGUGAAACAGCUUACGAGAUCUUCGUCGCAGCUUGUCGUACCUCUACAGGAAAACCCCUUACUUACAUUCCCAAUAACGCGUCAAGUUAUACUCCCGAUCGAUCUUCACAGUCGCCGUCACUGUCGGGCUCGCCGUCGCAGAGAUCGAUCACUUCUACUGCCGCGUCGAAGAUGAAGAAAGCGUUAGGCCUCCGAUCUAGUUCGAGCGCCGGUAGUCCUGGUUCGGCUGGCUCCGGUGCUGGGUCCGGCGGAAAGGUUAAGAAAACGGUGAUGACGGUAGGAGAGCUAAUGAGGAUUCAGAUGAGGAUUUCUGAGGCUGCCGAUUCCAGAGUUCGAAGGGCAUUGUUGAGAAUUUCUGCUGGCCAGGUUGGAAAACGAGUGGAGUUAAUGGUACUCCCUUUAGAGCUAUUACAACAAUUCAAAUCAUCAGAUUUCACCGACCAACAAGAGUACGCCACCUGGCAGAAACGAAACCUAAAAAUGUUAGAAGCCGGAUUACUUUUACACCCUCACAUCCCCCUUCCACCCUCAAACACAUCUUCUCAAAGACUAAAACAAAUCAUUCACAAUGCAUUAGAAAAGACAAUAGAAACAGGAAGAAACAAUGAGUCAAUGCAAGUCUUACGUAGUGCUGUAACAACCUUAUCCAACCGGUCAACCGAUGGUCAAACCGAAUCAUGUCAUUGGGCAGAUGGGUUUCCUUUAAAUCUCCGAAUCUAUGAGAUUCUUCUAGAAGCUAUCUUUGAUCUGAACGAUGAGUCAUCAAUUAUAGAAGAGGUUGAUGAGGUUAUGGAGCUUGUAAAGAAGACAUGGGGGAUUUUGGGGAUUAACCAAAUGCUUCAUAACAUAUGUUUCACUUGGAUUUUAUUUAAUCGGUUUGUGGGAAGUGGACAAAUGGAUAAUGAUUUGUUGUAUGCUGCUGAUUGUCAGUUAGUUGAAGUUGCAAAAGAUGCAAAGACUACAAAGGAUGCGAAUUAUGCUAAAAUAUUGAAUGAAACACUUAGUGAAAUAUUGGGGUGGGCUGAAAAAAGAUUGCUUGCAUAUCAUGAUACGUUUGAUAAAGGGAAUAUUAAUUCUAUGCAAAGAGAAGAAGGAAGAAUGAUGACGUGGCAAAAAAGUAGGACUGAUACUUAUAUUAGGUCAUCACUUAGGACAGCUUUUGCUCAGAUAAUGGAGAAAGCUGAUUCAAUCAGAAGAGCAUCAAGAAACCAACCAAAUCCACUUCCAGUUCUUGCAAUCCUUGCAAAAGACAUUGGUGAAUUAGCUACAAAAGAAAAGAAAAUGUUCAGCCCAAUUUUAAAAAGAUGGCACCCUCUUGCAGCUGGUGUAGCUGUAGCCACUCUCCAUGUCUGCUAUGGAAACGAAUUAAAACAAUUCAUUUCAGGAAUUACCGAAUUAACCCCAGAUGCAGUUCAAAUCUUAAGAGCUGCAGACAAAUUAGAAAAAGACCUUGUACAAAUUGCAGUUGAAGAUUCUGUUGAUAGUGAUGAUGGUGGAAAAGCAAUCAUAAGAGAAAUGCCACCUUUUGAAGCUGAAGCUGCAAUUGCUAAUUUGGUCAAAGGGUGGACUAAAUUGAGAUUAGACAGGUUGAAAGAAUGGAUUGAUAGAAAUCUCCAACAAGAGGUGUGGAAUCCACGAGCUAAUCAAGAAGGAUAUGCUCCUUCAGCUGUUGAAGUCUUGAGAAUUAUAGAUGAAACUUUGGAUGCUUUCUUUAAUCUCCCAAUUCCAAUGCAUCCAGCUUUGCUUCCUGAUUUAGUUCUUGGCCUUGAUCGAUGUCUUCAAUAUUACUCAAACAAAGUCAAAUCUGGAUGUGGAUCACGAAAUACAUAUAUUCCGGCUCUUCCCGCGUUAACCCGAUGCACAACCGAGACAAAAUUCCACGGUGUUUUCAAGAAAAAGGAAAAAACCACAACUUUACAAAGAAGAAAUUCUCAAGUCUCGACAACAAACGACAAUACAUUAGGGGUCCCACAACUAUGCGUACGUGGGCCCACAUGUUCCCCAAUCGAACCUUUCCUUCAAGAACUUGAACAAAAUUUAACAGUUAUUGCGGAUAAUGUGCAACACGAAAGGGUUCGAACGCGGUUAGUUGCGGAAGUAAUGAAAGCGAGUUUUGAAGGGUUGUUGUUGGUUUUACUUGGAGGUGGGCCCACGAGGUGUUUUACUAUACAAGAUUCGAGAGGGAUUGAAGAUGAUUUUAAGGCGAUUAAGGAUUUGUUUUUUGCAAAUGGUGAUGGGUUGUCUAUGGAUGUGAUUAAUAAGUUUUCGAUUGUUGUGAGAGAUGUGAUUCCGCUUUUUGGGAUGGAAACGGAUGCGGUUGUGGAGCGGUUUAGGCGGUUGACUUUGGAGGCGUACGGGUCGUCUGCUAAAUCUAGGUUACCAUUGCCUGCGACUACGGGUCAAUGGAGUUCGAAUGAUCCAAAUACGCUUUUGCGUGUUUUGUGUUAUCGGAAUGAUGAUUCGGCUUCGAAGUUUCUUAAGAAAACGUAUAAUUUGCCUAAGAAAAUAUGA